CAAUUAAGAAAGUGGUGAACAAUAAUUCAAUUCCUUCCUCUUUCUCAAGAUAACCUCAAAGAGUUCUACUUAGGAAACAUAUGCUUUAAACAUCUUUAACUUUUUUUUCCCUUCUCUCCAUCUCUCUUUCACGCCUUUGUUUAUUCUAAUGAAGUUGUGAGAAGUGAGAAAGAAAAGAAGAGAAGUAAUGCACAAGAGGAAACUAAGAGAGACAAAACAAUAUGACUUGGUGCAAUGACAGUAGCGAUGUUCAGACCGUUGAAACAAUCAUUCCCUCCCCAACAGUGGCCGAGUCUCCUGAAGCCUCAUUUCAAAUCUCUUGUCACAAAACAUGUCCUUCUUGUGGCCAUAAAUUCAAGUUUCAUGAACAGGCGGGGAUCCAUGACUUGCCGGGACUGCCUGCCGGAGUGAAGUUCGAUCCGACUGAUCAAGAGGUAUUGGGGCAUCUUGAAGGAAAGGUAAGAGAUGACGCAAGAAAGCUGCAUCCUCUCAUCGAUGAGUUUAUCCGUACUAUCGACGGUGAAAAUGGUAUCUGUUACACCCAUCCUGAGAAAUUGCCAGGUGUGAGCAAGGACGGGACAGUCCGUCAUUUCUUCCACCGACCAUCAAAGGCAUACACGACGGGAACAAGAAAGCGACGUAAAGUUCACACUGACUCCGAAGUCGAUGGCGAGACACGGUGGCACAAAACCGGCAAAACACGGCCAGUUUUCACUGGAGGAAGAGUGAAAGGCUACAAAAAAAUCCUAGUACUCUACACAAACUACGGUAAACAAAAAAAACCCGAGAAGACUAAUUGGGUAAUGCAUCAAUAUCAUCUUGGCACCAACGAGGAAGAGAAAGAAGGUGAACUCGUCGUCUCCAAAAUCUUCUACCAGACUCAACCACGCCAAUGCAGUGGAUCCCUUUCUGCUGCUGCUACGGCAAAGGAGCGGCCUUACCUCCACCUCCACGGCCAUCAUCUCGGUGGUGGUGGUAGUCGCCAUCUUUAUCAUAAUAACGGUAACGUUAAAGGCAAUGUCGGUGGAGGAUCCGCCGGAGCCAGUGAGUAUUACAACAAUAUUCCGGCUAUUAUGUCGUUUAAUCAAAGCGGGAUACAGAACCAUUUGGUUCAUGGUACUCAACCUUUUAUCCCUUAAGAAGAGAAAUAACUUUAUAUGGACGGUCGUAAAAUAAGAGACGCUCUAUAAUCUAAGCAUUAUAUAUUACAUCAAUACAUUGAAAAUAAAUUAAAUUACACUGAAAUCUUAUAUACGUAACAUUUUGUUAUCAUUGUUUUGCCCCGUUUUGGCUAUACUGAUUUGUACAAUUUUAUUUU